UACAGUUGUGCCACUCCAAGUUCCGCCGAUUUCCAUACCAUAUUUCUGCCUGCACUGCAGUUAGCUAGUAAGACUCAAACCGGGCGGAGAGCAACGGUUUUUUUGGCCAUCUAAGCCAAAAAUCAACACGCUUGCUCCGUGUCCAACGAACCGGAGACAGGAGGCAGGACACCGGAGACCGGAGACCCGAGACCCGGUGAGCGGAGACGUAGUCAUGCCCAUCCACUGGGACUGGGACUGGGAGCACGAGCACGAGGGUCAUGGGGGCCACUAUCACUGGCCGCCGCGUCGCCACUGGUCCACCGGGGAGUCCAAAUGCCGGCAGCGUCGCUACUAUCUCUCCCACGACCUAGAUGUAUGUGCCCGUGACUUUCACCUCCGGAUGGAGGACAGUGCCUGGUGCCACGGCUCAUGCCUGGUGGGACGCGUGGUGAUCGAGACGGGCACGGAGCCGGACUCGCUGGGCCGUGGCACCUUCAAAGUGGUCCUCGAUGUGCACCACUUCCAGAUCUCGGAGCUGACCGUAAAGGCCAAGAACAGCGACACCGUGUGCGUGGAGGGCCAGCAGGCAGAUGACCGGGCGGAGAAGGGCCAGCUUUGCAUCACCCGGGAGUUCACGCGAUCCUACAAGCUGCCACGUCACUACGAUGCCACCCAGGCGCGGGCCACCUUCUCCGCGGACGGGAUACUCAUGAUUACGGUUCCAGCACCACCCAAGCUGGACGACGUGGAGCGCGUGAUAGAGAUCGAGCCGACGGGCAACUACUUUGGCAGCGUGGCGGAUCCCAGUGCGGCCAAGGCCAUUGAGCAGUCGGUCGACGAAGGCGAUGGUGGCGGGGUUAAUCCUGCUGGCACGGCGAUGGACAAAUGAAGCCGGCGACGUCUGGCGGUUGCGCGGGUGUGGGGCCUCCUCUUCCCUUCCUGGAAGCGGUUGCGGAAGCCCAAGCCCAAGGGCGUCUAGGCCGUCAGAGGCAGUCGAUCGGCUGGAAGAGAGAAAGCUCAUGUAGUAUCCCAAAGGAGCAAGGCGGAGGAGGAGGAUCAGCACAAAUCAGACACUUGCACGUUGGAGUACUUCCCCGAAAAUAGUUACUUGGAUUGUUCUUAUGUUCCCAACCUAGGCAGCACGUAGAAAAUCGUUCGAAACGUGAGCAAAUAUGGCGCGGUCGAUAUUGUUCUCGGAUAAACCUAAGAUAGCUUCGGACUAGCCUUACCUAGUUCCCAUUCGCUUGUG